UCUCUCUCUCUCUCUCUCUCUCUCUCUCCUUCGUCAGUCCCUCUCUCCUCUCCAUCAUCUUCUCAAUCCAAUCGCAACGAGUAAACCACAUGCGGGAGCCCCUUCUCCUUCCUCCCCCCGCCACCUCCAAACCCACGGCCAUGGCGAUCCUCGCCUCCCUCGUCGUCGUCGUCGUCGCCCUCCUCCUCCAUUUCGCCGCCUCCCCCAUCUCCAAACCCACCUACCACGACCUCUUCCUCUCCCUCUCCGACAACUCCACCGCCGCGCGCCACCUCCGCGCCCUCACCCUCCGCCCCCACGUCGCCUCCUCCGCCGCCGACGCCGCCGUCGCCGCCUACGUCCUCUCCGCCCUCUCCGCCCUCCCCGCCCACUCCGCCUCCUACGGCGUCCUCCUCUCCUUCCCCGUCCGCCGCUCCCUCUCCCUCGCCCCCUCCCCCUCCGCCCCCGCCGCACCCUUCGACCUCGUCCAGGAAGUCUACCCCGGCGAUCCCUACGCCGCCGCCGCUGCCGAGGCGAUCCCCACCUUCCACGCCUUCGCCGCCUCCGGCGCCGUCGCGGGCCCCGUCGCCUACGCCAACUACGGCCGCGUCGAGGACUUCGAAGCGCUAGUCUCCCUCGGGGUUAACCUCACCGGGGCCGUGGUCCUGGCGCGCUACGGCAAGAUCUACCGCGGCGACAUCGUGCGCAACGCGCAGGACGCGGGCGCGGCCGCGACCGUGAUCUACACGGAUGCCAAGGACUACGGCGGCGGAGCCGCGGGGAAGCCGUUCCCGGAGGGGCCGUGGAUGCCGCCUAGCGGGGUUCAAAUCGGGAGCACCUACAGAGGGCUCGGCGACCCGACGACGCCUGGGUGGGCGUGCGCCACCGGAGCCGGCGACGGCGACGGCGGGGAAUGCGAGCGGUGGAGCGUGGCGGAGGUGGCGGCGAGUGGGCUCGUGCCAGGGAUACCGUCACUCCCGGUGUCGGCGCGGGACGGGGAGGCGAUUCACAGAACAAUCGGCGGGCGCAUGGCGCCCGACGAAUGGCAGGGCGAAGAGGGGUCCCCAGUGUAUCGGCUCGGGCCCGGGCCGGGGAUUCUCAACCUCACUUACAUGGGGAAUGAAACAAUUGCAACAAUCCAAAAUGUCUUUGCUGUUAUUGAAGGAAAAGAAGAACCUGAUCGAUUUGUACUUCUAGGUAACCAUCGUGAUGCAUGGACAUUUGGCGCAGUCGACCCCAACAGCGGUACUGCAGCUUUGCUUGAGCUAGCUCAAAGGCUAUGGAAGCUGCAAAAGAGGGGGUGGACACCUCGGCGAACUAUUGUCUUGUGUAGCUGGGAUGCUGAAGAAUAUGGCUUGAUAGGAUCUACUGAAUGGGUGGAAGAGAAUCGAGAGAUGCUAUCUUCUAGAGCUGUUGCUUAUCUCAAUGUUGACUCUGCCGUCGCUGGUCCUGGAUUCUAUUCAUAUGCAACCCCUCAACUUGAUGAACUGAUCAUAGAUGCAAGUAAAAAGGUUCAAGACCCCGAUAACUCAUCUCAGACUCUAUAUGAGUCGUGGAUCGGAUCUGGUAAUUCUCCAACUAUUGGGAGAUUAGGUGGUGGAGGAACAGAUUUUGCUGCUUUUGUUCAACAUGUAGGUGUUCCUUCAGUUGACAUUGCUUUUGGAGAAGGAUACCCAGUCUACCAUUCCUUGUAUGACGACUUCAUGUGGAUGGAGAAAUUUGGAGACCCUAUGUUCCAUCGGCAUGUGGCAGCGGCGAGCAUUUGGGGCCUAGUUGCUUUGAGGCUUGCAGAUGACGAGAUCUUACCUUUUGAUUACGUCUCCUACGCUCUGGAGCUCCAGGAAAGCACAAGAGAGAUACAACAUGACGUGCUGGGUACGCCGGUCAGUUUCUCUCCAUUGUUUAAAUCUAUCAGAGAGCUCAAGAGCGCAGCUACAGAAAUAAAUGCCGAAAAAAAGGCACUAGAAAGGGAAAUUUGGGGCAUAAAGUUGGAGAAGAACCCAUUGAAAGUUAGGGAGCUCAACGAUAGGUUAAUGAUGGCAGAGCGGGCAUUUACGGAUCGAGAAGGGCUCUGUGGAAGACAAUGGUACAAACAUCUGAUUUAUGGACCUUCUCAACACAACGACUACGGAUCUAAAUCAUUUCCCGGUAUCGACGACGCCAUUGAUGAGGCGAAGAAAUCGAACGCUUCAGAAUCGUGGAGAUUUGUUCAACACGAGGUGUACAGAGUCGCGAGAGCCGUGACUCGGGCGUCCCUUGUCCUUAAGGGAAAAUUCACGUAAAAAAAAAAGAAGAAGAUGCAUAGAAAAAUCAGAUUUUAGUAAGCUUAUGGCGCAGAAAACUUGGACAGCUUCAUAUGCUUAUUUAUUUUAUGAUUUGUAUCCUCUCACAGUAUAACCUUAGCAAGCACUUACAAGCACCAUUCAUAUUUGUAGAGGCGCCACUCAUACACACUUAUGUACAUCCUAUUUUGCACACUGCUCCCUCAAAAUAAAACAAAUAUAAUUUUAGGAGCACUAAAUGGAGAAUCACAGGAACCUCUUGAGGUACUCCUCGGCAGUGACGCACUUGUAGUCGGGGUAGAGCCUGCUGCUGUCGACGCCCCGCGGGCCCUCCACCUCGAAGUCCAAGUCACCGCGAUAGAAGAUCUGAUAGAAAUGCGCAAUUGCUGCUUGCACAGGCAGUGACUUCCCUGCAUGUAUUUUACAUAUAUAUAAAAUUUUGCUAGAUUUUUUUUUAUUUAAUUAAAAUUUUAUUUUAAAUCGGGACGUGAGAUUUUUUCCUUUCUUUUUUUUUUUUAAUAUAGGGGGACAUUUUAAUCUAUCUAUCUUUAGUUCUUUACUCA